UAAUAAUAGUAAAGAAAAAAAAAACAACAGAAAAAUAAGAAAAUGCUUCUGAAAAGCGCUUCCGCGCCGAUCCUGACUCCGGAAUCGGAUAUGGGUUACCGGUUCACGAUCACGCGGUGCGUAUCCAUGUCUCUGUCGACGAUAAAGAACUGUAAAACGACGUCGGACGGCAACCUCAGGCCCUGGAGUCGGGCUCUACCGAGGAUGGCGACGGCGUCGUUGAGGGACUCUCUGGGGUUGGAUGAAGGGUGUCAUGGUGGUGGCGGCGGUGUCGGUGGUGGUAGGAAUGGCGGUGGUGGAGAUGGGAGUGAAGGGAAACGGGAAUGGGAUAAUAAUGGGAGUGAGAGCAUGGAUGGGUAUUACCAGAAGAUGAUCGGAGCCUACCCCGGUGACGCUCUCCUCCUCGGAAACUAUGCCAGGUUUUUAAAAGAGGUACGAGGUGAUAUUGUGAAGGCUGAAGAGUACUGUGAAAGAGCAAUUCUGGCUAAACCGAGCGAUUCAAAUGUAUUGUGUCUCUAUGGAGAUUUGAUAUGGCAGAGACAUAAGGAUGCUCCUCGUGCUCAGUCCUACUUUGAUCAAGCCAUUCACUCUGCCCCUCAUGACUGUUAUGUUCUUGCUUCAUAUGCAAAAUAUCUUUGGGAUGCCGGAGAAGAAGAUGAUGAUGAUGAUGAUGAGCAUGAAGAUUAUGGAAUAAGCGGCACUCUGAAAUGUACAUCUCCGGCCAAUGUAUCCCGAGGAUGUCCUCCGACACCUGUUUUGGUGGCUCCUCCUUCAGCUUAAACCAUAUAUUAAUUAUUACACAGCAGAGAGUGAUUUUUAACUUUUUUAUCCUGGAAUGUUUUAAGGGUUCCUUAUCCUGUUACAGAUUCCUAUCUCUAUCCCCACUCCCAUUCCCCCCGUACCAUUCUUGUCUUGUAUUGAAGGUUUACUCUCCUCCUUGCCCUUCACAGAUGUUUUCAACUCAACUUUUCCUGUGGCCUGUGAUUUCCCUAUCUAAUCCUAUUCCAAGAGAUACUUGGCUUCCACCCUGUUGUCUCUAUUGCUUGGCUG